AUGGGGAAUUGCGUUAGUCAAGCUGGGCAGAAAGAGUUUUUGCGAUCACUUCCGUCAACCGCAAUCGUAAACUCCAUAUCAAAUGGAGAAAAUUCUGAAUCGUUUCGAGUUUUUGUUAAAAAAAGAAAUAAAUUCAUACCAGGAACCUUAAUUGUCAAUGAAAAUGGAAUCGUUUUCUGUCGAAAUCAAACUGAAUCAUUAAACUGGCCGCUUCAUUGCCUUCGUCGAUACGGCUUUACAUCAGCUGGGAUAUUUUUUUUCGAAAGUGGAAGAAGAUGUCCAAGCGGGGAAGGCCUGCACACAUUUCAGUCUCAUCAAGCUGAAGCAAUAUUUCAGUUGGUGCAAUCGAAGAUACGUAUGAAUGUAAAUUUCGAAGCGUCAAAAUGUCAUAUUCGAUCGCAAUCGAUGGCAGAUAGCGUUCAUAGUGUUCAUAGUUUGAUGGGUGGUAAUACACCUUUAGGAUCACGAAUUCAUCCAGUUCAAAGAUAUUCAAGUGAAGGUACAGCAAGUGUUGGAGAAUUACCAUUUAAUUAUGGCUAUUAUGGAAAUAAUCGCUUAUUAAAUGGCGUUAGACGACCAAGAAGUAUCGCAACUGCUGCUGGUCAUACGGCAAUUUGGCCAAUUUCUCACGGUUAUCGUCCCAAUCAAUAUCACACGGUUCAAGGAGAAUUUAUGGGCAGUGUUAUAAAUGAGCAUAUAAUUCAACGGCAACCUUCAAUUUUAAAUCAUUCUUAUGUGAAUGUAACAACGCAUCCGAGAAAACAAGUAUUUGAUCAGAUGGUUUCAUCACAAUUUAGAAUUGCAAAAAAUAAUCACUUAAUACUCGAAUCAAUGGCUAAAAGUCGUCUUGUACCUGUUUAUAGAUCAAUUUCCGAAACGAAUUCUCCAGCCUGUGAAAAAUUUUUUCACGAUCGAUAUGUUAACGUUAAUGACAUGAACUCGAACUGUGAAAAAGAAAUGACUCCCGCGCAACUCGAUUAUGCUGCAGUAGAUAUUGGAGUAACUGAUGUAUAUAACUGCUUAUCUCAAAGGACUGGUUCCAUUAGCAGUCCUUCUUGCCAUGAUGAUCCUUCUGUAACUUGUUCAUUAAAUGUAAAUUAUGCGCAGAUCGAUUUAGAGAAAACGCAUGCAGUUGAAGCAGCAGCAACCGUUUUGCAAAAAGAAAAUAGACUGCAUUAUAUCACUGGUAAUUCUUUAUGA